AUGGAUGGCAUCGUGGGCACGGCGCCGCCUGGCACCAUGUAUGUGCGGGCUCUUUAUGACUACGAGGCAGACGACAGAACCAGCUUGAGCUUUCACGAAGGCGACGUGAUCCAGGUCAUCACCCAGCUGGAGAGCGGCUGGUGGGACGGCGUCAUCAACGGCGUCCGGGGCUGGUUCCCGAGCAACUAUUGUCAGAUCAUCUCCAACCCCGACGACUUGCCGGACCACGACCGAAACGGACACCUCGGCCCUGUCGACGACGAGACCGAAGCCAUCGAGGGCUACGAUGAGAGCUUUGAACAGGAUGACGAUUCUGAAGGCGACGGCCCCAUCGAUCUGCCACUGGAAGGCGCCGAUGCCGCCGAUAGAUCAAGAGCAGACUUUUGGAUACCUCAAGCCACUCCGGAUGGGAGGCUUUUCUACUACAACAUGAUGACUGGCGAUCGAAGCAUGGAACUUCCAUUAGAGUCACCAAUCUCCUCCACAGAAACGGGCCCUAGAGAUCGGGCCAAUGUCAAUAUUCCAGACAAGACCAGGCCACCUCUCGAAAUGAUGGCCCGGGGGCUAAGCCAGGACGAAGACGACGACUCUGCAACCUCUGCAUCGGAAGCCGAAGGCGAAUCCUUAAUGAUCGCGUCACAGCCUUAUUUGGAAAGAAACCGAGCUUCACUUGGUGGCGUCCUGUCGCCAUCUACGUCAAUGGAUUCUAUAAGCGGCGCAUCCUCCAGCCAAAGGACCAAAAACGACCCUCUCACAGUUAACAAGCAAGGUGGCGGCCCAGGGCCAAGUAUGGCCUCGGCCACAUCAUUCACCAGUACUACAUACAAUCUCCCAACCACGGCCACAGUUCCUCGGUCCUUCUUUGACGAUGGUUCCACACCUCCACUUACAUGGAGCCUGCUUGUUUCCAACAUGAAACGUGCCAUUGACAACUACCGUGAUGCCAUUUCGAAAAACUCCCGCUCAGAGUAUGUUGCCAGAGCCGAAGAUAUAUCGGACCAUUUGCGGCUGCUUCUUUCUGCCGGGUCCGGCACCACUGAUAAUCACUCAGGCCAACCUUCCAUUAUUUCCACCAACAAGGCAUUAUACCCACACUUUCGAGACAUGAUGUCCAAGUUCUCCAAGCUUGUCAUAUCGUCUCAUAUUGCUGCUGCAGAUUGGCCAAACGCGGAAUCCGUUCAAAAAUGCCUUCAGGAGGCAGAUGGAGUGCUUCUCGGGGUCUUCAACUAUGUCGAGGUUGCACGGCAACAGCGAGGCGAAGAGAUUCCCCGGUUGUUUCCAGGGUUCGUCAUCGGCAGUACCAACGGUGGGAGCUGGCAGAACAAUGGUUUGGGACCGCGGGACAUCAUCACCUCAAACUUCCUCGAGGAUGAAGAAGCGCAGGCUGAGCCAACGGCAAACUUGGAUGGCAAACUUUUGGAAAGGCUGGAUGAACAGAAACGCUUACUCGUGUCAAGCAUACGUGAGCUCGACAAAAGCCUCAUCACGCCUGAAAAAAUCGUGACUACCCUCCGACACGUUGUCAUUGGCAACAAUGUCUGCUUCGCAGGAGGCAAGGUUCUGGAGAUGUUCAAGGCUUGGAUUGCCAUGAUUGAGUCCAUCGAUUUGUCCUCGCUUGGAAACAGCUUCCACACCCCUCAGUUAGUCGACUUUGGCACCAACAAACAAAGCUUGUACGACAACAUCUCGGACCUGAUUCUUGGCUGCCAGGCAGUGGCCGGACCUUUGGCUGAUGAGUGGAGUGAGGUGCGCGGGGAAUCUCUGGAAAGCCGUCUUGAGUACGUGAGGCAGUGUGCGAGGGUGUUGGAAACCAACGCGUCACAUAUUGGCUUCUCCCUGCAGCUACUGUCCGAGCAAGUUCAGAUCAAUCUUCAACAAGAACCCCAGCCGACUGGGCCUCGCUCUCGAGAAGCGGCGGCCCCAACAACGCUGCAGCGCAGUGAGACAAUGCCAGGUGAUGGUCUCAAUCAACGGUCCGAGUCGAGGUCCGAGUCGAGGUCAGAGUCGAGGUCAGAGUCGAGGUCAGAGUCAAGGUCCGGGCCGGGUCGACUACCAUCGGGUACAGCUUCGCAAUCGUUUAGCGAGGGCGACGGGGUCUCCGGGACUUUCAGAAUGGGAGAUUACUCCAAAGUGAAGAAGAUCUUUGGGGAGGACCCAUCGCCGCAAUCCGGGCUACCAGCCAAUGACGACACGCCUGACUACUUGCGUCUGGAAUUUGAAGCCGAUGUUUCGUGGGAUUCCAAAACGUCUCCUCCUACUGUCAAAGGUGGCUCACUCCUCGGCUUGGUUGAGCAACUUACGCGGCACGACAAGCUCGACUCAAACUUCAACAACACAUUCCUCCUCACCUAUCGGUCAUUCACCUCGGCAAGAGAACUGUUCGAGCUGCUGGUGAAACGAUUUGGCAUACAGCCACCAGAGGGUCUUGGCCAAGCAGACUUCGAGCUUUGGCGCGACAGAAAGCAGAAGCUGAUACGUUUUCGCGUCGUCAACAUUCUGAAGAGUUGGUUCGACAGCUUUUGGAUGGAAGGAUCCAACGAAGAAUCAAAGCAGUUAAUCCGCGACGUAUACACGUUUGCGAGGGAUACUGUAAAGUCCACAGAGACUCCGGGCUCAGGUCCUCUCAUGGCUGUUUUGGACCAAAGAUUAAGCGGCAAGGAAGCAGGUGCGCGUCGGAUGGUCCAGACGUUGAACCAAAGCACGCCUACGCCCAUUGUUCCCAAGAAUAUGAAGAAGCUCAAGUUCCUAGACGUGGACGUUAUAGAGUUUGCUCGCCAGCUCACAAUCAUCGAAUCAAGACUGUACGGCAAAAUCAAGGCUGCGGAGUGCCUAAACAAGACGUGGCAAAGAAAAGUCCCGGCUGGCGAGCCUGAUCUCUCACCUAAUGUGAAGGCGCUGAUUCUGCAUUCCAACCAAAUGACCAACUGGGUUGCAGAGAUGAUCCUGGCUCAAAUGGAUGUGAAGAAGAGGGUGGUUGUGAUUAAGCAUUUUGUUUCAGUUGCAGAUAAAUGCCGCGGCCUAAACAACUUCUCUACUCUGACAUCCAUUAUCUCGGCUCUCGGGACAGCUCCGAUCGCGCGCUUGAAACGCACAUGGGACCAGGUGCCUCAACGCACACAAGGAGUUUUGGAAGCGAUGCGCCGGGUCAUGGCUAGUACUAAGAACUUUGGCGAGUAUCGCGAGGCGCUUCACGCCGCGAAUCCGCCCUGCAUCCCUUUUUUCGGCGUUUACCUGACUGAUCUCACAUUCAUCGAGGAUGGCAUCCCUUCAAUCAUCAAAAAGACCAAUCUGAUCAACUUUGCGAAGCGGGCAAAGACGGCAGAGGUCAUUCGCGACAUACAACAGUACCAGAACGUUGGAUACUCGCUGCAACCUGUCCCAGAACUGCAGGACUAUAUUCUGAGCAACAUGCACGCCGCCGGUGACGUGCACGAGAUGUAUGACAAGAGCUUGCAGGUGGAGCCGAGAGAGCGAGAAGACGAAAAGAUUGUGAGGGUACUGGCGGAAUCCGGCUUCCUUUAA